AUGGCUCUCUCAGAAUUAUCCGAUGCCCAUCUUAUCCUCCUUGCCGUCGAGCUCUGCAUUAACGGCGAUGUGUCAGCAUUGCCACGUUUACAAUCCUACUUCCAUGCCUCUCCCAGAGAAGACAUAUUCUUCCGUAUCAUAUUAACCUUCCUACCUGAAAGCACAGAGCCAUGCCGGUAUAUCCCUGUUAUUCAGAGCCUGACCAAUGGAUCUUCAUCCAAACCAGCUGAAACAGAUGAUGAUAUUGACACCGCUUCAGUUCGGGAGUUGUCUAAAACUGCAGCGAGGAAGCAGGUCCAACAGCUACAUCUCCUACCCCUUCAACACCCCAGGCAUUCCACAGAUGAGUCGUGCAGCUCGCUAGUUCAAUUUCUUCUCCAUCGAGCUCACAGAAUAGACUCUGAGUCCGGAUUACAGCCGUUUAUUAUUGAACUUCUUGAACCGUUCAUCCCUAUAUCGACGUACCUUCAAACAUGGGUGAUAUCGACUGUACUACCUCUCGUCCGAUUCAAUUACGAAUACCAUUGUGAAAAUGAUGUCUCGUUGUCAUUGGAAAUAAUACAGUCCCUAGAUUCGGAAAGCGCCGUCAAUAUUUUGUUGUCGAAAACCGAUAGAUGUGAUAGAGGAGGAGAUGUGGGAAGAGACUUGAGAGGAUUGGUUGGGUCCUGGAUGUACGGGCAUGCCAGGUCGAAAAGGCGGAGACCCAACCAUCUCGAGCAUUCAGGGUCGAUUGGGAUAUUUGAUAAUCAGAAUUCUUCAAGAGGGUCCAGGACUAGUGGAUGGCAAGAUGUCAACGAGUGGCUACUUUCGACAAGUAUACGGGAUUUUCCCUUAGCUGUUGAAGCUGUUGAGCAAUGGUCGGGUCCACAGGAUAUGGAUUUGGGUGGAUAUAGUGAUCAUGGAGAGUCCGUUCUAUCUGAUGAAGAAACUGAGCUUUCUUUGAACUACGGACAAGCUGCUCUUGCUGCGAUUUAUGCUACUACGGAAACAACGUUAGAAACCCUCGAUGGAUCCUGCCGUAUAUUGUGUAGAAUUGCGUCUCUGCUUGAGAUACCUGGUCAUUCUGAACUACACAACUAUGAAAAGGAACUCUACCCUCUCAACCUCGACCUCACAUCACUCUCUGAUAUCUCGCGAGGCGCCAUCCUCCAAAAUGCUCUUCUAGACCCGUUUAAUCCUCUCACAUUUCCCACUUCUCAAUCAAUCUCUUUUAUUGACGCCAUUCUCGUGUCUAUUCGCACUUUAAUUGGUUUCGGUCACGGGAUUUCAUGCAGGACCGCUGCCGAUAUCUCUUUGCUUGCAAGUGAUGAAAUGCAGUUAUCAGAAUUCCGCAGAGUUCUUGAAACCCUGCAUCAGGACCAUAAGACUGGACUGGACUGGCGGAAAAUCAGACUGCAACUGCUUUGGUUGAGAAAUUGGGGGCUUUCUGAUCAAUCUAGGGAAAACAAUGCAAAAUCACGCGCUGGCCAUGGGUUAUUCUGGCGAAUUCCUCUAGUUCUCCUUGAAGGAGAUAUUCUGAAAGCCAUGUUAAAUGCAAGACAAUAUGACUUGGCCGUUGAGCUCUAUGCAAAAUCACUCAGCUUAUCUCCUCUUCCGCCAGAGCAGAUUGAGGCUGCAGUAACCGAGUCAAUAUUUUCAUCAUAUGACAAUGCCACAAAUGGAAACAAAACCAGGGGCGGGAUAAAACGAGCUUUGGAAAUGCUUGAGGCGUUUGGUCCAGGCUUCCCGAAUUCUAAAUCAUUCCGCCAAAUCAAAGCGUUGAUAGCCGCUACUCACUCGUUGUCGUUUUACUCUCUCACAUUGCAACACGGCGUCCCAUUCCAGCCUGUCAGCAUCCGUGUGCACCAUGAUCCCCUUUCCUUGAUCGGCAAAGUUCUCGAACAAAAUCCCAAGGCAUACACAGAACUUGACAAUCUGCUUACAAUUGGUCGACACCUGGUUACCGCGGGCUUCCCCGCUCAACCAAGACCCAAUGAUGACCCCAUCCAUAACAGACCAUCGCCGUCUCAGGAAGAAGAGUAUCUAGCCUCAGAUCAUCGAAUAAUAUCACUCUCCAUCACCGCAGCCUUAGAAUCCAAUGAUUUCGACACGGCAUAUUCAUACGUUCACACUCACGUAGCCCCGCCAUCUGUCAAUUCAGGCUCUACGAAAAUCAAAGACGAUGUAUUGUGGCGUGCCGCAUUCAAUGCAGGUAGAUACCGCCCAAACAUUGCUGAAUCACUAAAUAAACCACUCCGAUCCCAAAUUCACCGUCUCUCCCAACGCAUGGAGCUCCUUUCGCUAGCACUAGCCCUUGCUCCUACUCCUGAGAACCUCCCCGAAGUCCUCGCCGUAUGGCGCCGCUGCGAUGAAGAAAUGACUUCCCUACGCGCCAGAGAAUCCACAGAAGCCGAAAACUGGGACACACGUGGCGAUAACAUCUCUAGCUCGAUCGUACCAGGUGGCUUCGGUCCAUCCGAUGCUGAACUCGAUGCUCUGGAAACAGAACGAGCUAAACGGUCGCGGACAGGGAAUACCAAACGCACCUCCCGAUUGGCAGGAGGAUAUGAAGAGGCGCCCAUGGGGUUAUUUGAGGUAGCACGAAGCGCGGCUCAGGCAAUCAGCAAGACCGCAUUUCCUCUUCGUGGUGGUGAGGGUGUUGGGGCCAGCGCUGGGGGUGGUGAUUCGAGCGAGUCACGACGCAUCAGUAUGGAUACUGCUGAGACGGAGGAUGGGAGUGGUGGUGAGGGGUCAACGGCGGGACGAGUUAGAAAAAGGGAUAUGGUUAGUAAUAUAGUGACAGGGGGUUUGGCGAGUGGGCUUGGGUGGGUGCUGGGCGCUCAGCCGGUUAAUAAUAAUAAUAAUGCUAACGCACAUGUGGAUGGAUAG